CCUCCUCAAAAUGCAUUGCAAUUACGAAGACAUUCUACUUCAUUUUUGAUCCUCGUUCUUGCUUGAACGUGACAUCAUGUCUUCCCCGCCGCAGCGUCGCUCGCAGCGCAACACUGCAUCUGUAACCCCGCGAGCUACACGGACAACACGCAAUUCCCAGAUCCCCUCAAGCAGUCCAGGUCCCGCCAACCCAGACGAACAAUUGCACUCUGAGGCCUCACAAGCAUCGCAGCGGGGUUCUCAGCAGGCUACACCCAGAAACUCUCGAGUACAAACCAUAUCGUCGCAGUCGCAGUCGCAGUCACCGUUGUUCUUCCGAUCCUCCCCCACCCAGGAAUCCGCUUCAGGGGCAGCAAAUGGUGCAGGCGCCGACGCUGCAACAGAUGGCGACAGGACACCUAGGGCCAGUGGCAUGACGAUUGGAGAUUCAUCGCCUAUCCACUAUGCCUCCAGCUCUAGCCCUGGCCGUGCCCGGGCCGCCGUAAACACUGAUAUUCGAAGCAGUAGUAGUGCUCUUUUCGUGCGCGGUGCUGAUGGCGGAGCUCGCAGUCGGCGUAGCGACAUUCACUCGGAUGUCUUUGGACCCAGUAGCUCGGGCAAUCGUCGCAGGAGGCUCUUUGUCGAUGAGACUGGCAUGGCGGUGCACGAUGCAUCCGAUGCUGCGACCUUCUCGAACUUGAAUCCUGACACUUCCGAUGCCGAUGUCCUCGGAGGCAAUUCUUCUCGUGUCAUUUGGGGUACCAAUGUCUCCCUCGUGGACUCGAUGAAUGCGAUGAAGGACUUCCUAUUCAACUUCCAAAGGAAAUAUCGCCUUAUCCAAGAUGGCGAACUCGGCGAGGGCCUCAAUCUGCCGGCGGACCAUCCAGCCAUGGCCAAGGAGUAUAUUGACACAAUGAAGAUGAUGCUUGAAUUGGGUGUCACUCCUCUAAAUCUGGAUGCUCGCAACCUCAAGGCUUAUCCUCCAACCAAAAAGCUAUGGCACCAACUACAAGCUUUCCCUAAUGAAAUUAUCCCGCUCAUGGAUGUGGCUGUCAAGGAUGUCAUGAUCGAACUUGCCGAGAAGCGCAUGGCAGAAUUGAGAAUGCAGCAAUCUCAACAACGCGGUGCUCAAAGUAGACCACGAGACUCCAGUUCGCUUCCUCCUAUGCUUAGCUCGGACAUCGGAACGCCAGGCGCACCAUCCCCAGCGCCAGGUGUGCCGGAUAUUCCAGAUCUCGUUAAAGAAGUUGAUCAGAAAACUUAUCGAGUACGUCCUUUCGGGCUCGAUACGACCAUUAAUUUGCGAGACUUAAACCCCGGAGACAUGGACAAGCUAGUCAGCAUCAAGGGUCUAGUCAUCAGGACUACACCUGUCAUCCCUGAUAUGAAAGACGCUUUCUUUAAGUGCUCUGUGUGCAAUGCAACAGUCAAGGUUGAUAUCGACCGUGGCAAGAUCACGGAGCCCACCCGAUGCCCACGACCUGUUUGCGAGUCGGCAAACUCGAUGCAGAUUGUCCACAAUCGUUCUGGCUUUGCCGACAAGCAAGUCAUCAAACUCCAGGAAACUCCGGACAGUGUGCCCGAUGGUCAGACGCCUCACUCCGUGUCAUUAUGCGCGUAUGAUGAGCUUGUGGAUGUCUGCAAAGCCGGUGACCGAGUCGAGAUUACUGGAAUCUUCAAGUGCAAUCAAGUGCGCAUUAAUCCCCGUCAACGUUCAGUCAAGAAUAUCUUCAAGACUUAUGUCGAUGCGUUGCACAUCCAAAAAGUCGACAAAAAACGCAUGGGCAUCGACGUGUCCACCAUCGAGGAAGAGCUUGCCGAACACGCUGCUGGCGAUGUUGAGGAGACUCGCAAGGUCAGUGCAGAGGAGGAGGCUAAGAUUAAAGAGACUGCGGCUCGCCAUGAUGUGUAUGACCUACUUUCCCGCUCUUUAGCGCCUAGCAUUUAUGAGAUGGACGACGUAAAGAAGGGCAUCCUACUCCAGCUCUUUGGUGGAACGAAUAAGUCUUUCGAGAAGGGAGGGAGUCCGAGGUAUCGAGGCGACAUCAACGUACUUCUCUGUGGUGAUCCAUCCACUGCCAAGUCCCAAAUUUUGCAGUACGUGCAUCGUAUCGCGCCACGCGGUGUAUAUACCUCCGGAAAGGGUUCGUCUGCCGUUGGUUUGACGGCUUAUGUGACUCGAGAUCCCGAGACACGCCAACUGGUUCUUGAAUCAGGCGCUCUGGUUCUUUCUGACGGUGGUGUUUGCUGCAUUGACGAGUUCGAUAAGAUGUCCGAGGCUACAAGAUCGGUUCUUCACGAAGUUAUGGAACAGCAGACCGUUUCCAUUGCUAAAGCUGGCAUCAUCACCACGCUCAAUGCUAGAACGUCCAUUCUCGCAUCCGCCAAUCCAAUUGGUUCCAAGUACAACAUCAACCUCCCUGUCCCCCAAAACAUCGAUCUUCCCCCGACACUUCUCUCGCGUUUCGACCUUGUCUAUCUCGUUCUUGAUCGUAUCGAUGAGCAGAACGAUCGAAGACUCGCCCGCCAUCUUGUUGGCAUGUAUCUCGAAGAUGUUCCUGAGAAUGCUGCCAAGAAUGAGGUUCUCUCGGUUGAAUUCCUUACAUCUUACAUCUCUUACGCCCGCUCAAACAUCCAUCCUAAGAUUUCCGAUGAUGCUCAACGCGCUCUUGUGGAUGCCUAUGUUGCCAUGCGAUCACUCGGUGCUGAUGUUCGCUCUCAAGAACGACGAAUUACUGCAACGACGCGUCAACUCGAAUCUAUGAUUCGUCUUUCAGAAGCCCACGCCAAGAUGCGUCUUUCUGAGGUCGUCACCGAGAACGAUGUGUUGGAAGCCGUUCGUUUGAUCAAGUCGGCCCUCAAACAAGCAGCCACAGAUGCCCGUACCGGUCUCAUCGAUAUGAGUCUGCUCACCGAGGGAACUUCGACUGGUGACAGGCGCAGGAAGGAAGAUCUGAAGCGCGCAGUUCUGUCCAGCCUUGACGAGUUGGCUGGUGCUGGACAGUCUGUACGAUUGAGCGAUUUGGCUAGGAAAGUCAGGGAGGGAGCGACAGAGCAAAUCGAGAACCAGGAGUUCCUCGAGGUCCUCAAGAGCGCAGAACUCGAGGGUGCUGUGCAAUUGAGUGGCGAAGGACCAAGAAGAAUGGUGAAGAGAGUUGUUGGUGCUUUCUAGAUAUCACUGGUCAAAUCUACGUAUUCUGCAUUGUGGGCAGGGAGUUCUUGGGUUGCUGAUGAAGGAUAGCAUCGCAUCGGCGAAUGAAUGGCGUUCUGACGAAGACGCCGGUUACUUUUGGAGGUCGGGAAAUCAGUACGAAGUCAAAGCAAUAGCAUGAAGUAUGAAGACGUAAUGGUAAAUAUUGAUGAUCAUAUACAAGACAAGAG